UUGACGCGGCAUUCGCUCGUCGCAUUUCGGCAGUCAUCGGCGACUAUGCCCAGUGAGCGGGUGUGUCUGUGCGUGUUGUAUUAAUACAAGCACAUAAAUGUCAAAUGAAAUGAUUUCGAAAAAAAAUAGUGACAUGUGACCCGUUGUAACCUGGACAUUUGUGGCAAAGUUACAUUUUUAGUGUACCGUAGUGCAAUUCCUCAAUAUUAACAGUUUUUGCUCUCUGAUUUUGUAAAGCAAAUUUAUAGUCCUGGUUUUCGUGAUCGUGUUUUUGCUAGCUACUGAUAAAACAUUCCAGGUGGCUUAGGACAUUUCUGCAUCAAAGACAAUGCUGAUUAUUAGGAGCAAAAAGAUUAAUACAGUGUUGUGUUUUUAAUAGAUGAAUUAGAAUGCUGUUGUGAUUCACGAUGGACCGCGUGAGUGGCGUGUGUAGGUUUGGAGGAGUAGUUUCAGCGGUUCGAACGAGAACCGGACGAAGUAGACGACGUCUGGGUGCUCAGAGUCAGAUAGCAGAAGAUAUGCCAGAGCCACCACGUCGUGGACUUGGCGCUGUGCUAAUACUCGCCUGCAUCAUAGUAUACCACAACUGCUUAUACUGUGGAUUCGUUUUUGAUGAUAUCAGUGCUAUAAAGGAGAACAGAGACUUACGACCACAAACACCUAUAUCCAAUAUCUUCCUCAACGAUUUCUGGGGAACUCCCAUUCAUAAGGAGCAGUCCCACAAAUCGUAUCGGCCACUGACAGUGCUCACCUUCAGGUGGAACUAUGCUGUCCACGGCCUGCAGCCGGCGGGCUAUCACCUCGUCAACUUGCUGCUUCAUGCCCUCGUCUCUCUACUCUACUACAGAGUGUGCGCAAUGUUUCUGCCGGAGUUCGCAAGUUUUGUCGCCGCCAUCUUGUUCGCUGUGCAUCCCAUACACACAGAAGCGGUGACUGGGGUGGUAGGCAGAGCGGAAAUGCUGUCUUCACUUUUCUUUUUGGGCGCCCUGCUGUGUUAUGCUCGUGCUGCAAAUAGAAGACGGUACACAGACUGGCGUUACGUAGCAGCUUGUACGGCAUGUGUUGGCAUCGCCAUGCUAUGCAAGGAGCAGGGCAUCACCGUCACUGGAGUGUGUGUUGUAUACGAACUCUUCGUGGCGCAAAAGCGUCGUAAUUCGGGUGGUGGCAGCCGAUGGUCGUGGCUAGAAGCUUGGGGCAAAGGCUCUGGCUGGGGGUGCGCUUGCGGUGAGGCAGCGCGAAGAGUAGCUACAGUAUGCUGUGCGACGCUGGCCCUGCUUGCAGCCAGAUUACAUGUAAUGGGAGCUCAACUGCCCGUCUUCACUAGAUUUGACAACCCAGCUGGAGCUGCACCACCACCAGCUAGGCACUUAACUUUUGCCUACCUACCAGCCCUAAAUGCCUGGUUACUGGCGUUACCUGAAGCUUUAUGCUGUGAUUGGACAAUGGGUACUGUUGCAUUGUUACGGUCAUGGAGGGAUCCCCGCAAUCUAGCGACUUUAGCGCUGGCUACAACGUUGAUAGCUGCUGCAAUACAUGCUUUGAGGACUCGUUCUUCUGCUCUUUCUAUGGGCUUAGCAUUACUAGUUCUACCAUUCCUACCGGCCUCAAACUUGUUCUUCCCUGUUGGAUUUGUGGUUGCUGAGCGAGUGCUCUACAUGCCUUCAAUGGGAUGGUGUCUAUUGGUGGCCCACGGGUGGCGGUUAUUAGCUAAACGCCGCGCGAAACUUGCCGCUGCCGCACUUAUAUUCCUCUUUUUAGCGUUCAGUGCCAAGACUUAUGUGAGGAAUUGGGAUUGGAAGACUGAGUAUUCAAUUUUUGCAUCAGGACUGAAGGUAAAUCGCAACAAUGCAAAAUUGUAUAAUAACGUAGGACACGCUUUAGAAGCUGAAGGGAAAUACGCUGAAGCAUUAGAAUUCUUCAAUACAGCUGUGAGCGUGCAACCUGAUGACGUAGGAGCUCAUAUUAAUGUUGGAAGAACAUACAAUCAUCUCGGACGUUACCAAGAGGCCGAAGAUGCCUACGUAAAAGCGAAAUCAUUAUUACCAAAAGCAAAGCCUGGAGAAUCUUAUCAGGCAAGGAUAGCGCCCAACCAUCUUAAUGUUUUCCUAAAUCUUGCCAAUUUAAUAUCCAAAAAUGCUACACGUUUGGAAGAAGCGGAUAUGUUAUAUAGACAAGCGAUAAGUAUGCGUGCAGAUUAUACGCAAGCAUACAUAAAUAGAGGAGAUAUUUUAAUAAAAUUAAAUAGGACAAAAGAAGCUCAGGAAGUAUACGAGAGAGCCUUGUUAUAUGAUAGUGGGAAUCCCGAUAUUUAUUAUAACUUGGGAGUUGUUCUCCUAGAACAAGGCAAAGCUUCACAAGCGUUAGCUUACUUGGACAAGGCUUUGGAACUAGAACCGGAGCAUGAACAAGCAUUAUUGAACUCUGCGAUACUUCUGCAAGAACUCGGUGCCGCCGACUUGAGGCAUAUCGCCAGACAGCGUCUGCUGAAACUACUUGAUAAAGAUGCGACGAACGAGCGUGUACAUUUCAACCUCGGCAUGGUAUGCAUGGAUGAAGGCGAAGCGGAAUGCGCGGAACGAUGGUUCCGUGCAGCGGUACACCUAAAGCCGGACUUCCGUUCAGCGUUAUUCAACCUUGCGCUUCUCUUGGCCGAUACGCGUCGCCCUCUAGAAGCCGCGCCUUUCCUGAAGCAGCUUGUUCGACAUCAUCCCGACCACGUGAAGGCACUCGUUCUUUUAGGAGACAUCUACAUUAACUCCGUCAAGGAUCUUGAUGCUGCUGAGAGUUGUUACCGCCGGAUCUUAGAAUUGGAGCCGGACAACGUACAAGCACUCCACAACCUCUGCGUUGUGGCGGUGGAACGCGGGAAGCUGGCCGUCGCUGAGGAGUGCCUCAUCCGCGCCUCAGCACUAGCUCCUCACGAGCACUACAUCCAGAGGCACUUAGCCGUCGUUAAGGCAAGACGAGCGGCAGCCACCUCCACAGUCCCCCCAACGCCAACCGCCACCACAGAGGUUAAAGCUAGGUGGAACUACAUUCCCCAGCAGCCGCCUGACCCACACGAAAUCGACCCCUCAUAGCAGAUUACCGAAUGAAGCCUGUAAAUACUAUUAUAUCCAAUGCUUUAUUUUACAUAUAGAGGCCUUGUAUACCUAUAAUGUAGUUUAAAAUCACUUCCAUGCUUAUAUCACUCAAUGGGUACAACUAGAGAAACGAUUUUCCGAUUUUAAAGUCAUUUGGCGUAACCCUAGUAGCUUACGAUUGAUUUUCACACAACUGUUAUGGGUGUCUUUCCUACUCUAGAAUGUUACAUUUAUUUAUUUUCAAUCAAACAAAAUUUAAUGUGACCACUCCAUUACAACGGAUUUACAAAUUUAUAAUAUAUAAGCAUUCCAUUGUGCAACAUGUCUCUAUUUUCAAUAUGGAAACACUGAGACUGAUUCUGAAGUACUAUUAUUUUCUCAAAAAAAAAUUAUAUUCAUUACACUAAAAUAAUUAUCCUCUGAACAGAUAUAAAUUUAAAUUACAUAAUUAUAUCUACUAAUUUAUUUUUUGAUAGUCCUAAACAAUAUUUUUCGUAAACUAACAAUUUUAAUUUCAAAUUUUAGAGAUACGUUUAAUGAAUGCCGCUUCAGAAUCGACCUCAGUCCCAAUAUCAUACACGUUAUACCAUUUUGCCGCCCACAUAUUCUUUUGAUUUAAUGAAUAAAUUCAAAGGUACGCUAUAGGAAUACGGAAUGACUGAAUUAAUGCUAGUGGAACCCAUAUAAAUUAUUAAUGAAAAAAAAUCUUCAAUUUGUAAUCGCAUUAUUACGUAGUGACUUGCUCAGUGACCCGUAUCAUAAUAGGUGAGCAUGUAGGUGAUUUUCAAGUACACUUUGUAGGUAGAUAUAAUGUGUCUAUAGUAAAAUAUAUCGUUGUUAGAUUAUCUCGUCGAACACCAAUAUUAUUCGGCCAAUUCAUACUCGGUUUUAAAGACAUCAUUUGUUAAAUCAGGGUACUCUUCUAUUUGUUUCCACUCUGACGUAGAUUAAUCUUGCUGACACUUUCUAUUUGUAUCUAAGAUACAGACAAAGACUUGGAAAUGUCAAGUGUUUGUUUUUUAUUAAAUAUAUUGAAUUAUAUUUAGUAAAAUAAUGCGCUUUCUUUUUAAAAUUAUUUCGGAAUUACUUCGACUUCUACUUAUAUUAUUUAUAAAGGUAACUAAAAUUUCGAUUUAUGAUAUUAGCAUUUAGUUCGAAAUAAUUAAUUAAAAAACAAAAUUUGACGUUUACCUAGUCUAUAGCAAUGUUUUAAAGCUUUAUAGACAAGGCGUUUUAUUGAUGUGUAUAAAAUUAAGCUUAUAUAGAGCUUACAUUAAAUACAAAAUAAUUUCCAUUCGUUUUCAGUAUAGAUCGGCAAGGUUAGGCCGUAUUAAAAGUCGACGAAUAGUAAGCAUCGGUUCUUAAUUUGAAAUAAACUAAAUUUACUCUAAUAUUGUUAGUCUAUUGCAGACGAUUUACAAUAAAAAGUAUAUUUUUAACUAACUGUAGUAUCCUAUGUGCUACGUUAGGAUUUCAUUCAAAUUCGUUGAAUAGUUUUUACGUGAAAUAAUUCCAAACAUACAUCCAUCCAUUAUUGUAAUAAUGAAUGGGUGGAUGUUUGUUAUUUAUUGAUUUGAUUUCAUAAAGAGAAAUUUUGUCCGAAAAAAACUAAAACUAUCUGUGACUUCUAACCACGACCGAUGUUUAAUAUUCUUAAUUUCGAUGGAAAUAAUUCGGACAGCAUUACUGGCCUAACUUCUUCGCAUCAGAAUAACGCCUCGUGUGGAAUCAGCUGUUUUCAUGAUAUUUUUAUAUUCUGAAUUAAUCUUAAAUUGUAUAUCUGUGCAUUGGAUAAUUAAUUGUGCAUACCAAUAUUAUUCUUAGUAGCUAACGUCAUGGGCGUACCCAACUUGGCAAAGAGUGAUUGGAUCUAAAAAACCAACUAUGGGCAUAUGAAGAACAAUCUAGUGAAAAAUGUGAAAAUACAUCUGUGUGUAUAUUUAUCUGUCUAUUUACCUUAUUGUCAACUUAUUGCAUAUUUAUUUUUAACUUUGCAACAAAUACAAACCGAUAGAAAUAUUCAAGAUAGGGAAAUCACAGACAAUAAAAAAAAUAUUAAAAUCUAUUGACACUGAAAAGUAGUAAUCGAAUUUAUCAUGAGGUAAAUUUUUGUUAAACUACAUAUUGGAUGUUGCUGUCUCUUUCUAUCUCAUGUACACAAAGAUUGCCACUUAUCUAUGGAGGCUGGGUGCGCUCAUGACCAAAGUGAUCUCUUAGAGAAGCUUAUGAUUUGCAUAUGGCGUUACGUGAUAUUAGUUAAUUACACCAUAAUUAUAUUUAUGUAUGCCAUAUAUGUAUAAUAGGUAUUAUUACGUAGAAUAUGUUGAAACGAGCUUUCGUCAUUAUUAGCCUGGUAUACGGUAUAUGUACGGAUUGUAUAAGUCUGUAAAUGGAUAUAGUUCCAUAUAGGAGACGUAUUAUUUCCUAUCAUUGUCUAGUCAUGAUGCAAUUGUUUGGUGAAAAAUUUAAAUUUUUCCUAUUAUAUUUUGUUGGAAUAGGUAUUGUGGAAUAGAAAUUAAAGCCGCGUAUUCACAAUGUGGGCAAGUGUUGUAGAAGAACAAGACGUUAAAUCCAAAUAAUAGUGUAAUACAUAAAAUAAAAAUACAAUGCUUCAAUAUACAUAAAUAGAACAAGUGAUAUUUCCUUUAAACAUCAAUAGAACUUUAAUAAGGUCUCUGUGUAAAGAAAUUUCAAAUCUAAAAACAAGAACUUCUGAUGUUUUUUUAAUAAAAAAAAAAAAAACAAUACUUGUUCCGAUUUCGAAAAAUAGUCAACUUUUAAUUUGACGAUUCAAACCGACUAUUAAUAGAAUAUUUUUAAAAACUAUUAACAUUCUAUUGAAGCAUUUGUAAGUUAACAAAAUUAUUAAAAAACCUGCCUCUUCAAUAUAGUCAAUUUUUUUUCUCGAAAUUUAAAUAUCGAAUCCCAUAACGCUAGGCCUUCAUUAAAUUGUAACGAUGUUGUACCCCGUGCUUUGAUUAGGCGUUGGGAAGUAGCGUUACCGUAGCCGUGCCCGCAUAAUCACCUCCUUUAAUGAACAAACUACAUAAUAAUUAAUUAAAAAGAUCAUCUUUUGAUACACAUAGCUUCUAGCAACUAGUGUCUCGAACUGUGGUAGGUAGCGCGCAAACGGUAUUUUUUCUGAAUUAUAUCCAUGUACUUAGGUACUUAUGGUUCCGUAGAUUAAUAUCAUCUAGAUAGGGCGUCUCUCUAUAAAUGUAACGGGGAAAAAAUUUGUUCUUGUGCCACUUAUGUCAAACGCCAAAAUAAAUACUAAAAAUAAUUAGUCGGAUAGCCAACAAUUGGUUAAUUGGCCAAUUGAAGACAUUUUUUGACACCGUAUACUAUCUAGAUGAUAUUGUCUAAGCUAUCUAUAGUUCUGUUCACUUUUGUGAAACAUUAAGCCAUAUCUACACUGUUGUCAUUAUGUCUAUGAAAUUAUUAUGUGGUAAUAAUAGUUAAAUUAUCAUCAUCUUUUUCAGUGAUUUUUGAGAUUAUUGAGAUAACUCACUGUGCAUAAUUUAAUUGUCUAUAUUCUGUAUACCAUAUUAAUUUAAAUCGCUAACAAGAAAAUUCACAAAGAGAAGGCGGAGUCCAAAAAAUAAUUAAAACACCUCAUGUAAAUACACCUUAAUAUCCACAAGCAUUAUUGAUUGGUAUUUGAUUGAAUUUUUUUUAAAUAUUUUUAUUUAUAAGUACCUACCUAUUUGUGUAUACCCACUAUCAACUCUUAAAGUGCACUACACUAUGACAAUACCUGAAAAUAUACUUUAACAACCUGUGAUUUUAAACUCUCAAGUCUCAUAUAAAUUUUUUUAUAAAAUUGCGUUUAUUUUUCAAGCAUGGUACCUACACUAGUGUGAAAGUCAGUGUAAUAUCAUGGAAUACAAAAUAAAUAUCUUGUCAUAGCAUGGGAUCACAUUUUGAUUUAUUCAAUUUUGUUUUUGUUCAUUUAUACGGGCAACAAAAUUAUUCAAUCACAAAAUGUUAAAAUAUGAAAUAAAAUAUUUAGAACCGCAUUACAGAUCAAAAGCGGUUUUUUUUUUGAUCCCAUAUUAUUUUAAAAUUAUAGUUCAUUAUAAUUAAAAAAAUUUAAGCUUUCUCUUUUUCAUGACGGAAUAUACAUCUAUCCACACCUACCCACUAAACAUUAUUUUUUAAUUUCUGAUAGAAUCGUUUAUGCACACAAUAUACUUGUUUUUUCUUUUUUUUAUUUUAUUAAGAAUUCAUAAUGUAAAAUGAUAAUAUGUUAAAAUUAUAAUUCGUACCUACCUAUAACUACGAUGUGAUGGUAAAGCUCCCAAUUUGGAAUUAAGUGUGUCCAGCCAUAAAGCACGAUGUCUCAUUAAAAACUGAUUAAAUAAUGAUUAUUUUCAUAAAGGCUAAUGUUAUAUUGUAAAAAGUAAAUGAAAGUGAUCGACCGUUAUUAGAUUUAGAUGUGAAAAAUGUAAUGUUGUUAAUGUUUUAAGAUAAAAAAAAAGUAACUUUUGUAAAAACUGAAUUUUUUACAAUGUCUUGAAACAUUUCCGGUGGUAAACUCUUGAUGGAGUUGAUGAUUCGUAAGGACCCCGAAUAUUAUAAACUAUUUGUCGUCAAAACGUUUAUUUUUAUAAAAUAAAAUGAUGUUUCAAAUGAU